AUGGAUAAGCAAGCAUGGUAUCUGAGAACUUCAAAGCUGGCCCUGGCCUUGGCAAUUAUCCGCUCCAAACCAGCAGACAAAAGCAGCAGAGAAUACGCGGAGCAUCUUGCGAGGAUGGUGUCCGGGCAGGAAUCAAGGUGGAGAUCAAAAGUCGAAGCCUUGGAAGCUGAAGUUCUACAGUUACGUCAGAAGCUUCUCCUGAGCAGGAUUUUUUCAGGAUCGUCUAAGAGUGGAGACCCAUCUUCCCAGGUGCAGGCUCAGGAACCUAAAAGUUCUGAAAGUACACCAACUCUGCUGGAAGAUUCUGGGUGUUAUUUAUCAAGUGAGCAGCAGACGCCCUCAGAGACACCCCAGUGCUUUGGGGAGGGCUGGACCCCCACCCCCUUCUCAUCACUGCCCAUUGGGAGUAGACCUUGUGCUCCCCCAGAAGAGCCUCUGUCUUCUCACAUGCACUUCUUGCAACAUCUGCUUGGACUAAAGAACCUGACUAAGUCAGAGCAUCUGAAAACAGACUUCAGCCACUUUGAAAAUGCCUCUGCCACAAUAUCAGAUUCUGUUCUUCAGUUGCUGGAUGGCUUGAUCGCUUUUUACCGAGCACCCAAACUUCCUUGUUCAAGCUUUUGGACAGAAGCUAUUGAUACUUUAGCUAGACUGAUUGGUGAUUGCAACUUAUCUAAUCAUAUUCUUAGAAAGUGUUCCAAAAAGUUGGAAGAGUUUGAGAAGACCCUGCUGCAGGCUAUUUUAAGGAACAACCAUAUCAAUCGGUUUCAGGUGCAGCGUUAUGUCUCGCAGAGUCUGGUAACCCUGGGAAGUUGCAGCUUGUUGAGAAGAUCUAUAAUAUCUCUGCUUCUGUCAGAAGUAAACAGCUUUGCUGAUGAUCUGGGUGCCAUCGACCAGGUACAAGCCAAUUACGAUGUGGCACGCUAUGAGAAUAUUUUCUCUGUGCUCUGGGCUCUGGAGCAACUUCUUCUAAAGGAAAACAAAGAAGACAACACUUCAAGAAUGGGGCAUGAGGAUCAGGAAAUCAAGACAUUUCUUCAGAAGCAUGAUGAAACUGUUUUCAAACUCUCUGAUGCAUUUCCUUUGUUUACUUUUUAUUUGUGGAGACUAGGCAUUCUCUUGAACUCAGUAGACAUAGGAACUGUUGGAAAUAACUCACUUCCUUAGCAGUUUACCAAAUAAUCAGAAGCAUACUAAAGUUUAAUAUAUGAAGAUCUUGUGCUUAAAUGUUUUCAAGAAUAUUUUUAAAUGAGCAUUUUAAAUGGAUCCCUAAGGACAAUCAUUAAUUGAAUUCAGUAAUCUUAAACUAUGUAU